CGAAUUUCCUCGCCAGGGUUUCUUGAACGCCGCCGAUCAGUCUCGAUGCUAGAGAGAACUUCGACCGGGAGAGGGAGCUGGAACUCUUGACGCUAAGAGGGGUCACCAGCAACGGGAUCCAACACAAGAAGUGGUCCACCACUCGCCUUGGACGCGACGCACCGAGGCGAGUUCGGAGCCAGGAAAACCGAAUCUUCGAGAAGCUUUCAAGACUUCCUUUCGGGGACCGAGUUCCAACAUGAGGUUGGUCAUACUGCUGUGCGCCCUGGUGGGAGUGGUUUUGGGGGCCACUCAGAUGCAGAAAGGCACCCCGGUCAAGCAGCGAAAACCUUCGCUCCCGAAAAAAUAUUUGAUCGAGGAGGGCGGUUACGUCAAGCACAGAAAAAUGAGAUCGGUCGGAAUUCUCGGCCAGUAUGAGAUGCUGAAUCGUCACAGACAAGGUCGUCAAUCACCGGGACUACGUAACGGAGGCGGAUAUCUCUACAACCGACCAAUUUACACUCCCAGUGACCAUCUCGACGCUCGCCCCGCGCUCCCCCUGGCCGAGGUGGAAUCUCAUCCCUUGUCCAACUUCCCUGCACACUACAGCGGUGACUUGGAAGAUGUACCCAAGGAUGUCAAGAAGGAAGAAAAGAAAGCCGACGAAUCCGCCCCAGCGACCGUCCCUCCGAAGAAGGACAUGGAUGCCAAGAAGAAGGAAGAAGCGCCGAUGAAGAAGACCGAAGCUCCCAAAAGUGAAGCUUCCGCCCGAGACAAAUCCGAGCCUCAGCUUGUGACCAAAGCGCAGGCGCCUCAACAAAUCAAAACGACACCGAAACCCGCCACCGAAGCUACACCGAAGAAGAAGGAGGAGAAGAUUCAAAUCACCCAGCAAGAAACUGUCAGCGGAAAACCCCCGGUGGCCGUGGAGUGAAUAUUUUUAGCUGUAGAUUUCUAAUUUAUUGUGCCUGGACGCUCUAUUCAUGCUCUUGAAUAAAUUAUCGCGAAUCCAUCGAUG